AUGACUAACGUACCGCCGCCAGUAAGAGCUCUCACUAAAAAGAAUGAUCCCUUGUACAUUAUCAAGUCUCGAAAAUUGACACACAACAGAUCGGUGACCAUUGCAGGUCCAAUGGUUCGGUAUUCUAAGCUUCCGUUUCGCCAGGUCUGUCGCCACUAUAAUGCUGACAUUGUGUAUACGCCGAUGAUUCUCGCAAGAGAGUUUGUGCGUAAUCGUCAUGCCAGAAUGGCUGAUUUUAGCUCCAAUGAAAGUGAUACACCGUUAAUCGUGCAGGUAGGCGUGAAUAACACCACAGACCUGCUCAGAUUUGCUGAAAUGGUUGCUCCUUACUGUGACGGUAUUGGAAUAAACUGUGGCUGUCCGAUCAAGGAACAGAUUCGAGAAGGAAUCGGAUCUGCUCUCAUUUACAACCCAGACCUUCUUUCAGAAAUGGUCUCUGCAGUCAAGACCAAAUAUGGCGACAAAUUGAGACUGGAGACCAAGAUAAGAAUUCAUGAUAAUUGGGAUCAGACAGUGGAGCUUUGCCAUCGACUUUGCGAUGCGGGCGUGGAUUGGAUAACAAUUCACGGUAGAACCAGGACAACACGCUCAUCGGUGCCUGUGAACCUGGAAGCCAUAAAGUACAUUACUGACAAGAUUAAACCAAGAGGUGUGCCAGUGAUUGCAAACGGAGAUUGUUUCACAAUGAAGGAUUUCCAGAAAAUCAUAGACUAUACAGGCGUGGACGGCGUCAUGGCUGUGCGGGGGCUUUUAGACAACCCUGCCUUAUUUGCGAGCUACGACACAUGUCCCUGGGGUGCUUUGGAGCUUUUCUGGCAUUAUGCCAUGGAAUUUGGUGGUUUGCCACAUCAGUUGCUUCUGCACCAUUUGCAUUGCAUGUUCGAGAGCAUGAAGCUCGAAAAACACCUUCACAACGAGCUCAUGGAUAUCAAGACUACGACACAACUUAUAGAUUGGUUUGACCGGAAUUUCGUGCUGAAAAGAGUUGAUGAGGUAGGAUUUUCUGAAGCUGUUGAAAUUCCAUACAAGAAUCAGUCCAAAGUGUAG